CCCGUCCGCCUUGGCGCCUUCGCUGCGGCAGCUGCGCGCGCUCGGUGGCCCGAGAGCCGGAGCAGGACUCGGCGUGUCCCUGGCAGGCGAGAGUCUUCCUCGGCAUGGGCGGGCAGUGCUGCUGCUUAUCCUCGGAGGAGAAAGCGAACAGGAUGCUGAGCUUGGAGAUUGAGCGCCGGCUGCGCCAGGACAAGCGAGACGCGCGCAAGGAGCUCAAGCUGCUGCUGCUGGGUACAGGAGAAAGCGGGAAGAGUACAUUUAUUAAGCAGAUGAGGAUUAUUCACGGAUCAGGCUAUACGGAAGAAGACCGGAAAGGCUUCAUAAAAUUGAUUUAUCAAAACAUAUUUUCCGCUAUGCAAACUAUGAUCAGAGCUAUGGAUACUUUACAAAUUCCAUACUCAUCUGAGCAUAAUAAGGAGGCUGGUCAGAUGAUUGAAGAGCUGAAUGUAGACACAGUAACAACACUGGAGAGAGAACUUGUGGAAGCCGUUAAGAGGCUGUGGGAGGAUCCAGGAAUCCAAGCAUGCUAUGAUAGGCGAAGAGAAUACCAGUUGUCGGACUCGGCUAAAUAUUACCUUUCAGACUUUGACCGCAUUGCUGCACCAUCAUUUGUGCCAAACGAGCAAGAUAUUCUCAGAGUGAGAGUGCCAACCACUGGAAUUAUUGAAUAUCCUUUUGAGUUGCAAAAUGUUACUUUUAGAAUGGUAGAUGUUGGUGGACAGAGAUCAGAAAGAAGGAAAUGGAUACACUGCUUUGAAAGUGUUACCUCAAUAAUAUUCUUGGUUGCUCUUAGUGAAUAUGAUCAAGUCUUGGCAGAAUCCAACAAUGAGAAUCGGUUGGAAGAAAGCAAGGCUUUAUUUCAAACAAUAAUCACAUACCCUUGGUUUCGGAACUCCUCAGUCAUCUUGUUCUUAAAUAAAAAAGACCUUUUAGAAGAGAAGAUUAUGCAUUCCCAUUUAAGCACCUAUUUUCCAGAGUUCACAGGACCAAAGCAAGAUGUUAAAGCUGCCAGAGAGUUCAUUCUGAAGUUAUACCAGGAUCAGAAUACAGAUAAAGAGAAAGUGAUUUAUUCCCAUUUUACAUGUGCUACAGACACAGAAAACAUUAGAUUUGUCUUUGCUGCUGUCAGAGACACAAUACUACAGCUGAAUCUAAAGGAGUUCAAUCUGGCAUAAACCACAGGGACCCAGCAUUGUAUUUAAAACUCCAUGUAUGUAUUUGCAGCAAUUGUUUGUGUCCCUGUUGACCAUAAAAUAUUUACUUAACAAAAAUGGAAAUUUAGAUACGAUACUUACAGAUUUUUAAUGUAUACACUUUCAAAAUGGUUUUUUUUCUUUCAGUUUUUGAUCUGAGGUGCAUAAUUUUAAU